AUGGUUGUGUGUGCACAGAGAGAAGAGCAGCAUGCCGCAAAUCCACUGCAAAGGCAGAACCGGGCAAUCAUCACCUUGGGCGAACUGCUCGAAAGGACAAUGUGGCCCGAGGAAAUGUAAGUUUUGCGAUCAAUUUAAAAAUAUUAUCAGAUUGUUGGCAAUACUUUUUGAAAAUACUAGGUGGGUAGAAAAUGGCUGGUUACUGUAACUUUAAAGGAUUGUUUUUACAUUGAAUUGCGCUUUGCAGAAAUCAUUAAGAUUUUAGUUCCAGAUUUGGUAAAAUGAGCUAUUUUUAGAUUCAAUAACAUAAAAAAUUCACAUUGUGCUCAAAGUAGCUCAACGUUUUCAUAAAAAAACUUUUCUUCAAACAGAAUUCAAAAAAAUUUUUUUUCUCUCCGACUCUCCUCAUUUCGCGCGCUCUUUCGAAAAAAUGAUGACACAAGAACUCGACUGAAAAGGUGAACUAAAAUUUUCAAAAACUGAAUUGCAGCUUAUGCACAGUAUCAUGUAAAUUUUAGAGAGAAUCGACAUACCGCGUUUCACACUUUUUUUCUUUCAAAUUCUUUCAUUUUUUGAUCAAAAAAUCUCGAUAAUUUUUGAAAAUCUCCGGUACAGACCCCCCACAUUUCAAAAAAAAAACCAAAUUUUAAUUUGCUCCAUGGUCAUUCAAAAUCUGAGCUUUAAUUUUUUAUGAUCUUUAAAAAUCUUGACCUCUAAAUUAUAAUCAUUUGCCCUUCCAAUUCCGCCGGAAACGCCAAAAGUUUGGCCGGAAACUUUUCCUUUCAAACCGACUACAUGGUCUAUAAAACUUUUUCGAUGGCCCUUAUUAUUCAUGUCAGGUAAAGCGGACGAAUUUACGAUAAAAAGGGCGGGUUUCGGAUAAAAGUUUGGCAACAAGCAUGAAUUUACAAUGAAAUCAUGAGUGGGCUGUAAAAAUGGGAAUAAGAAAGAAUGGUAAUUUGAACGGAAAGUUGAGAAAAUUGGUAAAAUACGACAGCUAAAGCUGAAUUGCUGAUUUCAAUUUAAAAUUUUGAAAAAUAAAAGAAAUUUUUUCCGAACUUUUAUUAAGCUCUCUAAAAUUUCAGAAGAACAGUAAAAACACGACGAGCGCCCUCCGGAGGUGACAACUACCAGUGGGAGAGUAUGAUGCAGUCAUUGGACAACCUCCGGAAACCUCGGUUCGGUUAA